UCAUAGUCAUACCAAGAUAGCAGCGACCAACAACAAACCCCCGAGAAGAGAAUGGCGAUGGCUCCGGACUGCGGCGCUUUCAUGAGCAAAUUCGUCCUCAAGCCGCCUCCUUCUCCGUCCCCCUCGCUUCCCUUGGCCGGCCUCACCUUCGCCGUCAAGGACAUUUUUGAUGUUGAAGGACAAGUGACUGGGUUCGGAAAUCCUGAUUGGGCGAGGACUCACGUGCCUGCAUCUUCCACAGCUCCAGCUGUUUUAGAUGUGUUGAAAGCGGGUGCUACAUGUCUUGGAAAAACUGUCAUGGAUGAAAUGGCAUACAGCAUAAAUGGGGAGAAUAAACACUACGGCACGCCAAGGAACCCAUGUGCACCGGAUCGUGUGCCUGGAGGAUCUUCCAGUGGAUCUGCUGUUGCAGUAGGAGCAACGCUUGUCGAUUUCUCCCUAGGAACCGACACUGGAGGAAGUGUAAGAGUACCCGCAUCAUAUUGUGGAAUUCUUGGAUUUCGGCCUUCACAUAAUGUCGUUAGCACGGUCGGAGUCAUUCCCAUGGCACAAAGUUUUGAUACAGUAGGGUGGUUUGCUAGGGAAUCAAGCAUCUUGAAGCAGGUUGGCCGUGUUCUUCUCGAGUUACCUGAUGCUGAUCCCAUUAGACCUAGUCAGAUCAUUAUUCCACGAGAUUGUUUCCAGCUUUUAAGCAUUCCAACUGAACGACUGACUCAAGCUCUUGUGAGAUCAGUGGAGAAAUUAUUCGGAGUUGCUAUAGUUAAGCACAGCGUCCUUGGGGACUAUGUCAGAGCCAAUGUUCCAGCCUUGAGUUCUUUCCUAUGUGAAAUAAAUGAGGAUCAAGUAGACAACAUACCAUCUUUGACAGCUUUUUCUAGUGCAAUGCGGUUGCUUCAGAGGUAUGAGUUCAAGAAUAACCAUAAGGAAUGGGUCUCUGCUGUCAAUCCGGACUUGGGCCCUGGAAUAUCAGAUCGGGUCAGGGAAGCCCUCCAGACAACUGAAGAAAAUAUUGAUGUCUGUCUGUCAGUGAAGAAAGAAUUCCAUGCUGCUCUUACUUCCCUACUUGGGGAUUUUGGUAUCCUUGCAAUCCCCACCGUUCCUGGGCCUCCACCAGAGCUACAAACUGAUUCAUCAGCCCUGGAAGUUUUUCGCGCUAAGGCAUUCAGUUUGCUUUCCAUUGCCGGUGUAUCGGGAUUCUGUCAGGUAAGCAUACCGAUGGGGCUGCACGAUAAUUUGCCUAUCUCGAUAUCCUUGCUGGCUAAACAUGGUGCUGAUGGGUUCCUGCUAGACCUCGUCGAAGCACUGUAUGAGUCUCUUAAGGAACAAGUUGCUAUUGCAGAGAAAUCAGUUUAACGUACGCACGUUUCUUCAUUUUCCUGAGAUGCUUUUGGCUAUAUUUAUGGGCCGGUAUCCUUUGUUCUUGCUCUAUUGCUCCCCCUUUUACUUAUGUUGCGUGCCAUUGAAUGUAGUGCGGACUCCGUGAUUUUCAUAAGGCUGUUGCUGAGAAAAUAAAUUUCUGUAUAGCAUACAA